CGCAUGCGUCGCUCCUGUCAAAUGCGCGCUCUUAAAUUAUAAGGAUUAAUGGAUUUUUGUAAUAAAUCAUUCAAGAAAGGUCUAAUUUGGAAGACAAUAUGAAGCGAUAGUUUUUUUUCUGUUGUUUGUGAUAAUUAUUUUGUACUGUUUAUUUGAUAUUGUGAUAAUGCAGUGGAUCAUUUUAUGUAUUUUCUUUGUGUCCCUUCACAAGGGAAUUUCUGCAUCCCUUGCUGAUCAAAUGGCAGAGAUGACGCAGCAGUGCUGUGAGCAAGGCACAGCGCACGCGCGGACUCACGGGGGCACUGAUUGUCCGUCAGCAGUGCCUCCAGGCGUGCACCCAAUGUUCAGUACUCUGUGCACUUACGCUAUGGACCAGUGCUGCAAAGAACAUUACAAAAAAAAGGAGGCAUGUGAAAGCGGGAUAGAUAUAGCAACGAGAAAGCAAGAUUGUAGCUUAACUAAGGAUUCCUCAAAGAAAUGUUGCGAUGAGUGUCUCAAGGGUUCAGCUGCGGGUAUCUCCCGCGGCGGCAGCGCUUGUAUUGUAGACACGCGGGGUCUGAGUGGCGAUCAGCUGCUGGCAGGAAACGCUUUCAAUACCUGCUGUCAGAAAUCAGCAAGUAAAUCGAUGAGAACGGAAACUGUAACACGUCGACCUGGUGAUGCUAUUGUUACGAGGAAACCUUUAGAAGACGAGCUGACAUCAGUUUGUGAUGAUUUCGCGCCGAACGAACUUUGCGCUCAUCACUGCAUACCCAUACCAGGAUCAUACAGAUGUGAAUGUAAUCCAGGUUUUAGAUUAAUGGCUGAUAAAAAAAAUUGUAUGGAGGUGGAGAAGAAUAGAUGCAAGCCACAUAAUCCGUGCCAACACAAGUGUAAUGAUAAUGGUAUCGCUGUUCUUUGUUCCUGCAGACGAGGUUACCAACUCAUGGCUGAUGGCAAGUCGUGUGAAGAUAUAGAUGAAUGUCUUCUCAACCCACCCGUGUGUUUGCCAAAUACACAAUGCGUUAAUAUACAGGGUUCAUACAAAUGUAUCCUUAAGAAGAUAAACAGCGUAGAAAAAGGCCAAUGUCCGCCUGGUUUUUCUAGAAAUAUACUUAACAAUGCCUGUGAUGAUAUUAACGAAUGUAAGUUAUCACAACCACCAUGCCCUUCGUACUUAUGUGAGAACACAGUAGGUGCUUACAAAUGUGGAGGUAUUAAAGGGGAUCCAUCGAAUUUACCAAAAAAACAUUCAACAACUGAAGAUCAAUGUCCCCCCGGUUUUAAAAGUAGUGGUAAUAAUGAAUGUGAAGAUGUGGACGAAUGUGUAAUUCAUAAAGAUGAUUGUAAUCCAAUGUCUCAAUUCUGUAUUAAUACAAAAGGUUCAUUUUACUGUCAAGAUAAAGUUUCAAAGCACUGCCCACCCGGUUUCAAGAUCGAUCCUGUUACUAAUAAGUGUGAAGAUAUAAAUGAGUGUGAAGAAGAAGAAGAUAUCUGCAAACCGAAUCAAGUGUGUGUUAAUUUGCCCGGAGAAUAUAAUUGCAAAUCUGUGAAAGAAUCGAGCACCGCCGUAAAACAUAAAUGUGCCGAUGGUUUACGUUACAGCUCCGAGUACCAUGGUUGUGUAGAUAUUGAUGAAUGCGCGGAAGGUAUACACAUCUGCGACCAGUACCAGACCUGUCACAAUACUUUCGGUAGUCAUGAAUGUCACUGUAAUGUCGGUUUUGAACUGGACACAACGACUGGCGCUUGUGUAGAUAUAAAUGAAUGUGCUACUGAACAAAAUGACUGCAUCGCUCAGUCCCAGCGCUGUGAUAACACGGUGGGCUCUUAUCUCUGCGUGAGGUUCAUAUCUUGUGGCACCGGGUAUAUAUUACAUCACUCGUCAAGCAAAUGUGAAGAUAUUGACGAGUGUGCUCUGGGUACUCACAACUGUGGCCGCGCCGGCCCUGAGUACCGUUGUCACAACAUCCCUGGCUCCUUCCGUUGUGUGCGACGAGCUACCACUACUACAUCAACAGCUGCACCUGAAUAUGAAUACGAGUAUUAUGACUCUGAAGAGGAAAUUGUAGACGAAAACAAAAAUAGUUCCAACUCCAGUCCUGACAAUAAAUCAACACUAGAUAAAACAUUAACAACUGCAGCGAAUUCAACCGCUGGUGAACCUCCUAAAGAAACCACAACUCCUAAAUCUCCUGAAAUAAAGACUACGUUACAUCCAGAUAUUGAUAUAGAUAAACCUGCAGAAAUACCAAUUGACCAUACUCAAGAGGAAGAUCUGAAAAAUAAUGUUUAUACUAUAGACAAUGACAAAAAUGUCGUAUCUAAUUCAGAGCCAUCACAACCUGAUAUCACAAAAGAGUCUAUACCAACAUCAAGUGAAUCAAUAUACAGAAUUGAAUACACACCAACGGAACCCCCGAAAAAAGCUGAAACGUUUACCCCAAUUCCUUCCGAACCAUCUAAAUCUACGGAUGCUGAAGAUGAAAUUUCUUACAUUCCGAUUGACGAAAGACCAGAAGGACCAAAACGAACAGAGAAUACGGAACAACCUGGACCUAAAUAUGAUUUAGAUCCAAUAAAUAAAUUACCAGCUGAGUUACCACACAGUAAACCAUUAGAUCCAAAAGAAAACGAAAUAGAUACUUAUGAAACAGUAACAAAAUCUGUAACACAACCUACAUCUCCUCAAGUUGUGUUUGUUGAAGUGGGCAAAGAUACAGCAACAGUUAGAGGUGAACAAACUCCGGAUGGAUCAGUAGUUGUUGACACUAAUGAAGUACCAACAAACGAAUGGACCAAGAUAAACGCCAAGCCAAUCGACUGCCAGUUUGGCUUCGAAAGAGACGCAUAUGGUGCUUGUUAUGAUAUUGAUGAAUGUGCCACAAAUCGUCACAUCUGCUCCGGUCUAACGGAAAUUUGUCGGAAUACCAUGGGAGGGUACCUAUGCGAUUGCGCUGCCGGAUUCCGGAGAGAUUUAGCUUCGGGAACCUGCGUAUUUAUUACUUGGUCUACCUCAAUAUCGACACCUACUACGACAUCAACUACAACUACGAUGACACCACCUCCUCCUCCACCACCACCACCUACAUUACCCCCAAUGCCACCUCCAACUUUACCACCAACACCACCCCCAACUUCACCAUCAACACCUCCACCUACAAUGCCGACAACUCCUUCAUCAACAACUCCUUCAUCAACAACUCCUUCAUCAACAACUCCUCCACCAACGCCUCCUCCAACAGUGCCAACAACACUUCCGCCAACGCCUCCCCCAACAUCGCCAACAACUCCCCCUCCAACACCUCCUCCCACAUCACCACCUUCUCCGCCAACAACUGAACGAAAAAUUUUCUGGGGCUAUCCGGAAUACCGACCAUUUACAACGAGGCCGUUUAAAUCGAGAAACAUCUGUGAAAUGGGAUAUCAUUUCAACACAAACACUGGGACAUGUGAAGAUAUAAACGAAUGUACAAACGGACAAGCAAACUGUGCAGCAGUAGAGAUAUGUGUAAACACUGAAGGAGGUUAUCGAUGUGAAUGUCCACCCAACUGGGAAUUAGAUAGUAGAAGACAACGUUGCGUUCCCAUUAGAAACAACCAACAUUUCCCACAAGGAUAUGGUAAUGAACCAACGUAUAAUGCAGUUGGUCCUAUACAUUAUGGUACAACAGGUAGACCAUCGAAACCAGAAGUGAAUGUUGUAGAGGACAGGGUAAAUAAGUGUCCUGCAGGGUACGAACUUGGAGAUGAUAAUUUAUGUCAUGAUGUAGACGAAUGUCUAACUGGUGAAGCUAAGUGCGGGUUUAUGCAGUUAUGUACAAACCUACCUGGUGGGUAUACCUGCAGCUGUCCAACAGGGUAUACUCUGGUGGGUGACCAUGAGUGCGAGGAUGUUGAUGAAUGUGCAGUGGCUGGUAGUAUUCCUGUCUGUUCACAGGACGCCGACUGUAUUAACACGUUAGGAUCAUAUCAGUGUCGGUGCCAUUCUGGGUUCAGGGCAGCACCUCGUAAUGAUAAGGUGUGCAUAGACGUGGAUGAGUGUGUGGAGAACAGAGCGGGGUCGUUGUGCCAGCAGCGCUGCAACAAUGUGUGGGGAGGUUAUCGCUGCUCGUGUCAUCGCGGGUACCGACUUAGCCACGACAACAGUUCAUGUACCGAUGUGGAUGAAUGUGUGGAAUUCAAGACUAGACAUCUCUGUGAUGGAAAAUGUCUGAAUGAGCCGGGUUCCUAUCGCUGUUCCUGUCCUAAAGGUUACAGACUGUCUGAAGAUAAAAGGAGCUGUAUUGACAUUGAUGAGUGUGAGACUGGUGAGGCGCCAUGUGCACAAAGCAGCCCGUAUGCUGUCACCAGCGACAUCUGCGUCAACAUGCGCGGUGGAUAUCACUGCCAUCGCAUCAUCUGCCCUCCUGGGUACAAGAUUGAGAGCAGGCAUCGCUGCACUAAGAUAGAUGCCACAUGCGCACCUUCUGACCGCAAUUGUACACAUCAACCUUCAACUUACUCCUAUAACUUUAUUACUUUCGUAUCAAAGCUGUACAUUCCUGAUCCAAGUGUGGAUUUAUUCACAAUGAAAGGUCCAGUCUGGCCAACAGCUAGGAUGAGGUUCGAACUCAAAUUAGUUGAGGUGAAUGCUCCUCCGACUGUCAAAGAACGAGCUGAUAUAAAUUCUUUCAUGCUGCUGCAAAGAGGUAACAAUCAAGGUGUUAUAACUCUGGUUAAAUCUCUAGAAGGACCACAGAGUAUCGAACUAGAAUUGUCUAUGGAACUCUAUAAUAGAGGUCAAUUCGCUGGAAUAGCUGUCGCUAAACUGUACAUAUAUGUUUCUGAAUAUGAAUUCUAAAUGUAUUACCUUAAGGUUCAUUAUUAAAUAAAAGUAUUAAAGUAAUAAGUGACUUAUAAGAUAUACAUCGUUAAGGAUGCCAUACACGGGCAUCUUUAAAUAGUCUGCUUAUUUUAACGAUAGAAAACUGUAGUACGUGUAUUAAAUACUGCAACUUUCAACUACUUGAAGGUGUCCGUGUACAUUAGAUAUUAUGUUUUCUAUUGAAAACUUGUAGUAAUUUUCUGAAUGAGAUUUUUUUUAAAAUAUAUUUUUCGUAUAAACAUUUUUUAUGCUUG